AUGUUGGUGGAUUUGGAGUUUGAUUAUAAUGAGGCGACGGCAGCAAUGGAUAAAUUUUCCCAGGACGAUAUCAAUGAGCUGCGUUAUUGGUCGCAGAAGUUGGAUAAAUCAAAAUAUGUGCCGAAGGAUUUGACCGAUAAACAAUUAGUGUUAUUCUAUAAUGCUUGUUAUGGGGACAUGGAUAAGACCAAAGCAUGUAUAGAAAAGUAUUAUUCAUGCAGGAAAAAUGGUCCAGAGUUGUUUGACAAUCGUGUUUUUAAGACGGAAGAGUUGAAACAGAGUGCUGAAGUACUGGAAUUCUCCGUCCUGCCAGGCAAGUCGUGUGACGGGUACGACAUCAUCUACCAUCGGCUGCACGACACGGAACCUUCGAAGUACAAUCUGGAGGCUGGCUGCAAACUGCUCUUCAUGACUGUGGAUUUAUGUCUCACCAAACGUGGUCCACAACCAGGUUACAUGUUUCUCUUCGACAUGCGCGGUGUUAAAUUCGGACAUCUUACAAGAGUUAGUUUAUCCUUUCAAAAGGAUAGACAAAGGUCGCUACGGAAAUUCUUCCAGUACGUCCAAGAGGCCAUGCCAGUGCGCAUGCGCGCGAUACAUGUGCUAAACACAGAGCCAGUCUUAGACAAAUUAAUGGUCCUCAUCAGGCCUUUUAUGGAUAAGAAGUUCUUUGACAUGCUCAAAUUCCACAAUAAAAAUGAAGAUCUGGAGAAGUUUUACGAGACUGUUGUGCCACGAUCUUCACUGCCUCCAGACUACGGCGGCACUCUACCUGACACACAGACUCUGCACAAGAAGUGCAUGCAGCAGCUUCAACUCAUGGAGCCCUACUUCAAAGCUGAGGAGGAACAGAGGAUCACGGCGUUACCUGACAAGAAGCGAGAGAAGGCCAUGGAAAGGGCUUUCAAGAAUCUCGAUAUCGACUAA